AAACGGACUAUAUAAACUCACGGUCAGAACCAGCUGAUAUCACUUGUCGAGUUGUACUCAACACAAAUUAAACAAAAUGUUCAGCAAAAUCAUCGCUUUCGGAGCUAUGUUGGCAGCGGCCAACGCUGGCCUGUACGGUCACGCUGUGUCUUCGCAAAGCAUCGUCCGUCACGACGCUGGCUACGCUGCUCCGUUGGCAUACGCUGCUCCUGUAGCAUAUGCUGCUCCUGUAGCAUACGCUGCUCCCUUAGCCUACGCUGGACACGAUGAAUACGCGCACCCCAAAUACGACUUCGCGUACUCAGUAGCCGACCCCCACACCGGCGACCACAAGUCGCAGCACGAGAGCCGCGACGGUGACGCCGUGCACGGCUACUACUCGCUGGUGCAGCCCGACGGCUCCGUGCGCAAGGUCGAGUACACCGCCGAUGACCACAACGGUUUCAACGCAGCGGUCCACUACUCCGCCCCCGCCGUGCACCCCCAGCCCGCCUACAGCCAUUACUAAUAAGUCUUUUAUAAAUUUUAAAAUGUUGAAAUACCUCUUGUAAAUAUGUAAUUUAUUAAAUUUUCUUUUAUCUAAAAACA